AUGCGUCUCAUUCACCACCCGCUUCCUGUGUGGGAAGUUCUGGCCGAUCUCUGUCUCUCUCUAACUGUCCUGAGCCAGCCAACGUGCCCAAAAAUAAAUAUCAAAGAUCACUGGGAGAGGGUGGGAGAAAUGGAUGUAGAAGGAGAGAAAGAAACAGAGUCUCGCAGAUUCGCUUUUAGGAUCUAUGACAUGGACAAGGACGGCUACAUUUCCAACGGAGAGCUGUUCCAGGUGUUGAAGAUGAUGGUGGGCAACAAUCUGAAGGACACUCAGCUGCAGCAGAUAGUGGACAAGACCAUCGUCAACGCAGACAAGGACGGUGAUGGGAGAAUAUCCUUCGAGGAGUUCUGUGCUAUCACAGAUACGAGCAAAUCAGCAAAGCCGUGA